AUGAGAGCCUGGAAUAACACAUGUGUAUUCUCCUUCAUCCUUGUGGGACUGACAGGUGCUGGAGAGAUGCAGCAGACACUGUCGGUGCUGUUUCUCCUGAUUUACCUGAUUUCUGUGCUUGGAAACCUAGGCAUGAUCAUGAUAAUUCACCUGGAUCUCCAGCUUCACAGUCCUAUGUAUUUUUUCCUUACUCAGCUUUCAUUUCUUGACCUAUGUUAUUCAAAUGUCAUCACACCUAAAACCUUAGGGAACUUGAUGACUUCCACCAAGAACAUUUCAUUCCUGGGCUGCUUCACCCAGAUGUUCUGUUUUAUCAUGUUUAGUGCUUCGGAAUGUUUUCUUCUCUCUGCCAUGGCCUAUGAUCGCUACAUAGCUGUCACUAAACCUCUACAUUAUCAGGUGAUUAUGUCUCCAAGACUCUGCCAGGCUCUGCUCACUGGAUGCUACAUGAUUGGCUUUAUGGAUUCCUCUGUCAUUGUCCUUUGGAUGAGCAGAUUACAAUACUGCAACUCCAACAUAAUCCAUCACUUUUUCUGUGACACGUCCCCAAUUUUAAUCCUGUCUUGCAGUGACACCUAUGAUAUUGAAAUCGUAAUAUUCCUCAUUGCUGGUUCUACACUGAUAGUAUCUCUGUCCAUAAUAGGUGUUUCCUAUGUGUCUAUUCUGUUGACUAUUCUGAAAAUCAGUUCUGCAUCGGGCAAGCAGAAAGCCUUCUCCACCUGUGCCUCCCAUCUGCUGGGAGUCACCAUUUUUUAUAGCACAACCAUCUUUACUUAUUUAAAACCAAAGAAAUCCUAUUCCUUGGGAAAAGAUCAAGUAGCUUCUGUGUUUUACACAAUUGUGAUUCCCAUGCUGAAUCCACUCAUUUAUAGUCUGAGGAACAAGCAAGUGAAAAAUGCUUUCAUUCGGUUCAUGCAGAAGAAAGAGAGUUUUGGGAUAUUAAAAUGA